GAGUUGACAUCCUUAUUUAUUUUGUCUUAUCCAAAAAUGAAGAGAAAUUUAAGGGAAUGUUGCUCCAUUGUCUUUAAAGUCAGUAACAUCAGCAUGAAGUAAGAGGCUGGUCUGUGUUCACAGGAGCCACAAACAAAAUGAUUCUCUUCAAACUCACACUGGGACUAUGAGCAGCGCCGCUUACCUGCAACAACCUAAAGGAGAAAGAGAAUGUUCAGCUUCAGGCUCGCCUACAUUUUCUCGUAUAACCUGUUCCAGUUCUGUGGACACACAUGGAUCCUGGCUAACACCAUAGCCAGGUUUCUCACAUUUGGGAAAGAUGCCCUGGCAGACACAUUUUACUCCGUUGGCUUUGUGAUGAGUCUGUGCCAGCUGCUGUCCAUCCUGGAACUCUUCCACAUCGCAGAUGGGAUUGAGAAAGCUCGACUCCUCCCUCGCUUCGUCCAAGUGAUGGAGAAGAACCUCCUGCUGAUCAUGGUCAUCAUGCUGGAGGAGAUCCAGAGCAAACCAGUGGUGUGUGCACAGUUCUUCUUGUGGAACAUUCUGGACCUCCUGCGGUACCCACAUGAGCUGCUGUGUGUUCUGGACACGCCGUCCAUCGCUAUGCUGUGGACUCGCUACACACUCUGGAUCCCCUUAUACAUCCUGUCAGCAGCCACUGAAGGUGUCACCAUAUACCAGGCCCUGCCGUAUGUUAAGCCAGCAGCAGCAAACUCAUCCUCUCUCAACUCCACGGUGUCCACACACGUUCACCUGCCUUUAAUGCUGAUGCUCUCGCUUCCGAUUCUGGCUCUCGGGGCCUCUGUGACUGUGUGGCAACUGCUGAAGGAGAGACAACACCACCUGGACAAAUGGAACAAGAAGAUGAAGAGGAAAUGACACUUGACAA